AUGCAAAUAUUAAAUCCUUCUGCUUAUCAGAAUAUAAAUAAGAGUGAGGAGAAUAUAUUUUAUGCAUUAAAAAAGAAUUCAAGGUCAUUGGUUCCAGUACCAAGUGAUAACUCAAAAAAGCACAGAUUCUGUGUAGGAACUUUUGAAAAUUCAGACACAAACCAAUUGGAAAUAGUCAGUUUUGACGAGGAAUCCUCUACAAUUUCACAGGAAACAGUCGUAAACAACUUAUUGCCAGUAAACCAAAUUUCUGACUUUUACUCAACUGAAAAUGAAACACACCUGUUAGUGUCAUUUACGAAUUUAUCAGAGAAGGGCUCGUUUUUAUCACUAUUAACAUACAAAUCGGAUAACUCAAAUAGCCACAAUUUCACCAGUAUCGGAGAUAAAUUAUUCAAAAAAUUCAAACAAUUAUCUGUUGACCCGCAUUCUACGUUAAAUUCGACAAGGUUUUCAAUCAUUACCACGGAUUCUCUACACAUUUACUCUAAUUAUAAGGAGGAACUAAAGUAUUCGUGUGACAGAGAAGGUGGAAAUCAAUACUCUAAUAAUUAUUUCGUUGGCAAGUUUGACCCACAUAACAAGGAUCUAUUUACUGUUUCAAUUGAUAACUACUUCAAUACAAUUGAUUUAAGACAAACUCAAGAAAAGUCUUCAGAUAGUAAUAAAGUGUGCAGUAGUACAAGUGUAGGAUACCACAGCGGAAUAAUACUUGACAUAAAUUAUAACCCAAAUGUACCCAAUGAGUUGGUAACAGUGGGUGAGGACACGAUUUUAUUAGUUUGGGACUUGAGGAAUACAUUGAAGCCUGUCAAGUCGUUCAGUACUGGACAUGGUCAUUGGGUAAAGAAGGUGCUUCACAACUCUUUCCACGAUCAUUUGUUACUUACGUCUGGCUCAAACGGUUCAUAUUUACACAUGAUUAACCGAGGAAAGUUGGAUAAUAUUACAACUAAAUCAACGUCAUGCAAGGAUAUAUGCUGGAGUCAUGAUGACGCAUGGAUAUAUUGUAGUUUAUUAAAUAAUAAUUUAAGAAUCGAUACAGUGCCAAGGGAUAUCAAACACUCACUCCUGUCCUAG